UAGGAGGAGCUGCACUCAUUCUCAAAUCUUCAACGCUUAAGAGCACUCAAGCGGAGUGUAUACAGGAGACUAUCCUUUCGAAUGGUUGCGAACUCUGAGAACCUCGCGUUCGAUUUAAAACGGAAAUGGAUCGCAUCUAACAUGGGUUUUUAAAUUUUAUUCGAACAACUCCGCGGCGGCUUUUACGGCGGACGGGUGAUUUUUGGUCUGGGAGUCUUGAAGAGCAAGCGAGGGCUAAUCCGCGAUGUGAUCUUUUCCAUCGGAAAAAUGUUACGAAAAGUGAACGAAGCGAGUCGGGACACAUUUUGGACACCAACGCGGUGUUUUUGGCUGUAAAGUCUGUAUCGAUGCGAAUCUGAAAGGCAGAGAAAGUUUUGUCCAAUGCAGCGGAACAGCAGUCUCGUUUCCAUUUGGCUUCAGCUCGAGCUGUGCGCGAUGGCUGUUCUCCUCACUAAAGGAGAAAUACGGUGUUACUGCGACGCACCCCACUGUGUGGCCACCGGUUACAUGUGCAAAUCAGAGCUGAAUGCCUGCUUCACCCGUACCUUAGACCCUCAAAGUGCCAAGUCUCCUUUAUCUCACGGAUGUUACGACCCUCUGGUGAACUCUGGAAAAACUUGCCAUUCGGAGUCAACCUAUGACACCAUCCAUGGAUCUGCCACGCUUCAGUGUUGCCAUGAGGAUAUGUGCAAUUACAGAGGCCUACAAGAUGUCACAUACAGAGGAAGUGAAAUCCAUGACAAGCGGCGACAUCAAACCGAAAGCAGCCGUCACGUGAUUGCGCGGCUACAGGAAAUUCCUUCCUCCAAGGAGGUAUGGUUCCGUGCUGCGGUCAUCACCGUACCCAUUGCCGGAGGCCUCAUUCUGGUCCUCCUCAUCAUGCUGGCCCUGCGUAUGCUUCGCAGUGAAAACCGCAGACUGCGACAACAACGGAGAGAAAUGCUGUCUCGUCUGCAUUACAGCUUUCACGGCCAACAUCUCAGCAAAAGUCAUGUGGCCAAACUGGACUUAGAGUGUAUGGUUCCAGUAGGAGGCCAUGAGAACUGCUGCCUGACCUGUGAAAAGAUUCAGCAGUCUGAUCUUACCAGCCAAAGACUUCUUUCAUUGGUCAGCUGGGGAAAGUACAGCGGCCGAGGCAAGUUGGAGUUUGUGUGAUGGCUCCGGGGGACUUGCAUUUUAUUUCAACCCUUUUAAAGGAGGUACUGUAAACAAGAACUCAAAAGAGAACACUUGAAAGCUCUAACCAUAUGGUUGUUGCUCUAGAAGCACUUUACUUGAAUUAGAGACUUGCGGAGAAGACUGCUUGUAUUAUAGGCUGCGACGAGGAGCGGCUUCGUGCUGGUAUUCUUUAUCACCGAAGGAUUCCAAAAAAUGUAUUUUUGUUUAAACGUUUGCACUUUUUGUAUAAAGAAUCAAAUGGUUUAUUUGCUUUAAUAGUGGAGCAAAACCAGUGUCUCAACAUUUGUAAAAAAAUUGUAGGGGUACAAUAUUUUGUCACUGGGGCAGUACCCUCAAAGGGACAUCUUUGGACUUUGUGCACCUCUAAUAGUUUUAUAAAGGUACCUUAAGGGUACGUGAUAUUAUUCUAAGGUAUUAAUAUAAACUUUUUAGGGGUAGCUAAGGUCCUGGCUACAUGAUUUUGUAUCAGUAAGGCACAGUUUUUGCUAUUUUAUCACAGCGAAUGAUGACCCCUACUGCGUGAAUGUGUGACUCUGGCUGUUAAAUGGAUAGUUCACCUAAAAUUUCUGACAUUAUUAACUCUCUCACAGACUCAAACAUGGCUUUUCAGCUGUUUUUGUUUAUACGGUGACGUAAAAGCAGUUUCAAACCUUCAUCAAACCUUAUUGGCACGACGUAAAGGAUUUUUGGAAUUUCAUAGUAUAGACAAAAAAAGUACAACUACAGCUUUUUUCAAACACAUUAAGGAGUGUGAGGGAAAUCACCAGCUUUUUUGAUGAACAAUCCCUUUAACAUUCAGCAGUCACCUCUGACCUGCUUGUAGAUUGUGCUCACUGUAAAGAUGUUUCACUGUAAAUAUUACAUGAAUCCCUUUGAUAUUUCGCAUCUUUAUUGUUUCUUGUUCGAUGCGUUCGCAUUGGUGGGUGAAACUGGACAGCACUAAAAGUACUCAGUGUUGUGUAUGAUACUGACAAGCUCAUUAUACCCGGAGGGAGAAGUCUUGGCUAAUGCUUCAGUAUGUCAACACGUGCGCAGUUGCAGCCGCUCGACUGAGGCAUUGGAAUCAUUAGCAGCAGCAUAAGGGCACGGCAAUGUAGUGUGGUAGCUAUUACAAUCAUGUCUUGUUUUACAGUAGCGCUACACGUCUGACUGACUCAAUUCCCAGGCCACAAUCACUCAGUCUCAAACUCUUUCACUCAGCUUCUUUGGAAAGAAUUUAGAUCCUCUGUGUAAACUUACCCUCUCACACUACUUCUUGUUAAUUCUACUGGACCGAAGGUGCACUCGACAGCGUAAAUCUAACUUUUAUCUUCAUUUUAUUUUGCACAGGUAGCGCAGUGGGUCAUAAAAUCCUUUAACAAAUAAUUCCUCGUGACACUUUGCUAGCUUCUGUUUUAAGUAAAGUUAUUUUUGCAGGAAAUGCAGUCAGUGCCCUUAACAUUUACUGCCAUUUUGCAUUUUAGUCCGUUCUGAGAUCCCAAGCCUUAACGGUGCCUUUCAUAUGCUUCCUCAACAAUUUGUUCCUGUUCACUUUCCAAGUCAUCGUGGCACUGCGCACCCGGCCUCUGGGUCAUUGCACAAAAAGUUAACAGUUAUUGUUGGCCCUAGAGGAGAAUGCAAGCUUUAUUGCAGUGCAUGGGAUAAAAGGCAUUUUCCUCUGACAGUAAUAACAGGGAACUUAUUCUGUGGUCCACAUAUAUUUUAAAACAUAAACUUAAAUUCUUUAAUGUGCAAUUUUGCAGAGGUUAACAUGAGGGUCGGAGAACAGAACCACCCUUUCUUUUGCCUUUUAAGGGUUUUUGGUGGUGCCACGAAACCGUGUGAUUAUUUCACAGUAAAAUAUAUAUUUGCGAAUCGAUAGCCAUUAGUGUCCUGUGCUGGUCUUAUUACUAUCAGGUUUCUAUUUGUGUAAAUUCCUUUUAGAUAUGCUAAUAAUCCUCUUCCUUAGUACUGUAAACCUUUAUCACCUGUUAAAGCCCUCAACAUGUCACACUUCUGAUGAAGUGCUAUUACAAUGCCUGAUUAAUCAUUUGAGCA